CCAAACCAUACCAACAAAAAUCAUUUCAACAAAAAAUAUACUUGCUUAUACUCCCAAAUGAAGUUCUCGGCUAUCGUCACGCUCAGCGUUUCUACCCUCCUCGCUUCGUCACAGCUUGUCUCUGGCUAUGCCAUCAAGGGCAAUGGUGUCAACUGUCGCACUGGUCCGGGAACCAGUAACAGCGUUGCCCGCACAUACAACACUGGCGAUGAUGUCACCCUUUCGUGCCAGGCUUCUGGCGAAGUUAUCAAGGGCGGAUCACUCUGGGGCAAGACACAGCAUGGCUGCUAUGUCGCUGACUACUAUAUUAAAACAGGCACCAGUGGCUAUGUCGUUGGCAAAUGCGAGUCUGCUGGCGGAGGCAACACUGAUGGUGGUACUACUGGUGGAGGCAACGACAGCGGAAACACCGGUGGCGGUGGUGAAUCGGGGUCCGCAGGUCCAAUGGCCGACGACUACCCGUACAAGGGAAGAUGCGACAUCGUCGACAAAUGGCGGUACUACUCGUGCCAGUGUGUCAGCUUCGUUGCCUGGCGCAUCAACUCGCGUCUGGGAAUCAACUUCCACAACCGCUACAAGGGCAAUGCUUGGGGCAAUGCCAACCAGUGGGACGAUGCGGCGCGUGCCUCAGGCGUCACUGUAAAUAACACGCCUAAGCCGGGAGCUGUGGGCCAGACCGAUCGUGGCAGCAAGUUCGGACAUGUUGUGUGGGUCGCCAAGGUUUCUGGGGACAUGGUCACUAUUGAGGAGUACAACUACAAGCGCCACACGUACGGCACACGUACUGUUCCCAAGAGCUCAUUCAACUAUAUCCACCUCAAAUAGUAAAAGAAAUUGUUCAAUAGUACCUUAGCAGCACAUAAAGCACCAUAUAUCAUC